AUGUCAAUAGUAACCGUGCAGCUUGGACAGUGUGGCAACCAGACUGGCUUUGAGGUGUUUGACACUUUAUUUAGAGACUCACACUGUUCCCAAGGACUCUGCUCCAAGAGAGAAAAUGAAGCUUAUCAAGCGUCCUGCACAGAAAGGUUUUUCAGAGAGGAAGAGAAUGGAGUUCCAGUUGCCCGGGCUGUUCUUGUUGACAUGGAACCGAAAGUUAUCAAUCAAACACUAGCAAAAGCUACCCAGUCUGGCCGGUGGAAAUACGGUCAGCACACAUGCUUCUGUCAGAAACAAGGAUCUGGGAACAACUGGGCAUAUGGUUACUCUGUGCAUGGACCGAAGCAUGAAGAAUCUGUAAUGAACUUAAUCCAAAAGGAGGUGGAGAAAUGUGACUCCCUGAGUGGAUUUUUCAUCACGAUGAGUAUGGCCGGGGGAACAGGGUCAGGGCUGGGAGCCUUCGUUACACAGAAGUUACAGGACCAGUACUCCAGCGCCCUGAAAAUAAAUCAGAUCGUAUGGCCUUAUGGAACUGGCGAGGUUAGUGUGCAGAACUACAACUCCGUCUUGACUCUCUCUCACUUGUACCGGUCGUCAGAUGCCCUCCUCGUCCAUGAGAAUGACGCCGUCCAUAAGAUCUGCGCCACUCGGAUGAACAUCAAGCAGAUCUCCUUCAGAGAUCUGAAUCAGGUUCUUGCCCAUCAGCUGGGGAGCGUGUUCCAGCCUACAUACUCUGAGGACGGCGUGUUUCACUACCGCAGGAAUCCACUGGGUAACGGACCCCUCUCCCCAAAGGCCUGCCUCAUGCUAGGACACUUUGUUUGGUGGCUCUCUACCACAGAACUAUGCUUCUUCCCAAAUCAGGGAGACUUAGUGGAACAUUUGGUUCCCCACCCUGAAUUUAAGAUGCUGGGUGUCCGAAACAUUCCUCAGAUGUCUGCAAACUCCCUGGCGUACAGCACGUUUACCUGGGCUGGCCUGCUCAAGCAUUUAAGACAGAUGCUUAUUUCCAGUGCAAAAAUGGAAGAAGGUGUGGACUGGCAGGUGCGGCCUCCCAUAUCAGGCCUUCCACCUCUGGGCAAAAUGGCAGUCCACAAAGGACCUCAUUUUAACACUUCUAUUGCUAACUUGGUCAUCCUCCGUGGGAAAGACGUGCAAAGUGCAGAUGUGGAAGGAUUUAAGGACCCAGCUCUCUACACUUCCUGGUUGGAGCCAGUUCAUGCUUUCAGCAUGUGGAAAACCCAGCGAGCUUUUGACAAGUAUGAGAAGUCUGCGGCACUGGUCAGCAAUAGCCAGCUCUUAGUAAAGCCACUUGAUACAAUUGUGGGCAAGGCAUGGAAUAUGUUUGCAUCCAAAGCCUAUAUCCACCAGUACACAAAAUUUGGAAUGGAGGAAGAAGACUUUUUGGACAGCUUUACAUUGUUAGAACAAGUUGUUGCCAGCUAUGGUAAUCUCUGACCCUAAGCCAAGAAGAUUUUUGGACUAAAAUUUUCAAAAUUGAGCCGUGCUCAGUGGUGCUUGCCUGUGAUCCCAGCACUCUUGGAUUAGAAGCAGGAGGUUCAGGAGUUCAAGGUCAUCCUGAGGUUACAUUGAGAGUUCCAGGCCAGAGGGCUGGAAAGAUGGCUCAGAGGCUAAGAGCACUGACUGCUCUUCCAAAGGUCCUGAGUUCAGUUCCCAGCAACCGCAUGGUGGCUCACAGCCA